AGCUUCAACUCCUCAAGCGGUGGUCCGCCAGGCUCUGCGACCAUGGCAACUCUACCAGAUUGGACCCUCAACGCAGAGCAAGUACUUUGUCAUGGCAUGCCAGCCUUGAACAUAGGUGAGCCUUGCACACAAACAGUGCUCAAAGCACCUGCGAUCCGAAAGCACUUCACUGGUAUGGUUUCCCAAUGGAAUUCUUUCGAGGGCGACGUUCUAAAGGAAUGGAAUCACGAGCGUACAAAGGCUGAACUACGCGCCUGCAAAGGCGUUCCCGUCGCUAUGAAUCCGGCAAUCAGAACACUCAAUGAAAACGUUGUAACGCCCGAACGAAUCCAGUGUGGAGGGGAAUGCACGCUCUCUGGUAGGUUUUAUGCAAAUGCACUCGCACUUGUCAUCCACGCAGUUCAGACGAUGGCUACCCAUUCGUACGGAUCUGGCGACAACUCAUACCUUCCAACACAGCUCACGUUUGGUGAUGCCUGGAUUCGAGACAUUUUCAUCCGCGACAAUAGAUUGCAGCCUAAUGUAGUGGGGAAAGCUCCAGAUCAAUGGUACGGAUGAGGUACGCCUAGUGGGAGAAUUCAAGUUUUCCGCCCACGUAGAUCUUGGUGCCAUGGUCAGCAAGAUAAUGCGAGCGAAAUCUACAGAGCUUUGCAAAAUUCUUCAGAUCAUGACUUCUGCGUCAAAUCGCACAUUACACGGUUGGGCCCCGGCUGAAACAUGCAUUCCUUUCAUAUGGCUUCACCACACUGCAGAUGGCGACGGUAAGCCUUUUCCUCGAGUUUACGUCUCGGAAGUAAUCAGCAAUAGUGACACCUUGAAUGAGACGAAUGGGAGGAUAAGCAUACGGGUUGCUCUUUUCUACCUUGUGCGCAAAUCCUCCUCGCAAACGGAAGAA